AUUCUGAACUUCCUCUCUUAGUGUGACAGGCUUAGCUAAAGGAAAACCUGCUACCUCCACUUACAAACCAGUGAAACAAAAAUGCCCGCCGACUAUAACGGACGAUGGGAGAUGGUGAGCAACGAGAACUUCGAGGAGGCCAUGAAGGCCCUCGACAUUGACUUCGCCACCAGGAAGAUCGCCUCCCACCUGCACCAGACCAAAGUGAUGGUCCAGAACGGAGACAAGUUCGAAACGAAGACGCUGAGCACCUUCAGAAACUACGAGGUCAACUUCACCGUGGGAGAGGAGUUCGACGAGCAGACAAAGGGCCUGGACAACCGGAAGGUCAAGACGCUGGUCACCUGGGAUGGGGACAAGCUGGUGUGUGUUCAGAAGGGGGAGAAAGAAAAUCGUGGCUGGAAGCACUGGAUCGAGGGAGACCUGCUACACCUGGAAAUCACCGUGCUCGACAAAGUCUGCCAUCAAGUAUUCAAGAGGGCCUAGUGAGACCAAGAAGAACCGGAUCUGCA